GCGACUAGAGACGUGAAAAUACCGGAACACGUACAAGAGAGAGCGCAUUCACAUUUGUUUAAACAAAGACCGGCGCAAGUCUUUGCACAUCAAGUAGAAAGGAUCAUUUACCGAGAAGAGGUUUUUUUAUUAUUACUUUGCCCAAGUCUGGGAAUUCUUGAAGCCGUACAGCAGUUUUUUGACGGAAAUUCUCCCGAUUAACUUACUAAGGAAUGCCAAGGGAACUAACCCAGAACAGGAUCCAAAAAAUCUGGAUUCCCUCUAAGGAUGACAAACCUUCAAUCCCCCGCAAAGCAGUUGGAAGCCCCCACCUGGCGAACCCCCCAACAGUCAUUGUGAUGGUUGGGCUUCCUGCUCGAGGAAAAACCUAUAUAUCCAGGAAACUCACACGUUACCUUAACUGGAUUGGUAUUCCCACAAAAGUCUUUAAUGUUGGCGAGUACCGACGUGAGGCAGUGAAGCAUUACAGCUCCUUUGAUUUUUUCAAAUCAGACAAUGAGGAUGCCUUCAAAAUAAGACAGCAGUGCGCUCUGGCCGCCCUGAGAGAUGUUAAGAUUUACCUUACUGAGGAGGAAGGUGAAGUGGCUGUCUUCGAUGCAACAAACACGACCAGAGACCGACGGGAUAUGAUCCUGGAUUUUGCAGCUGAAAAUGGCUUUAAGGUCUUCUUCAUCGAGUCAGUUUGUGAUGACCCAAAUGUAAUCGCCUGCAAUAUUUUGGAAGUAAAGGUGUCAUGCCCUGACUACCAAGACUGCAACAAAACCGAUGCCAUGGAGGACUUUAAGAAAAGGAUUGAGUGUUACAGAUUAAACUACCAGCCUCUUGACCAAGACCAAUAUGACAGGAAUUUGUCCUUCAUCAAAGUGAUUGACGUUGGUCGCAGGUUCCUUGUCAAUCGGAUUCAGGACCAUAUCCAGAGUCGGAUUGUCUACUACCUGAUGAACAUCCAUGUGCAACCUCGUUCUAUCUAUCUGUGUCGCCAUGGCGAGAGCCAGCACAACCAACAGGGCCGUCUCGGUGGAGACUCCGGCCUGUCUACCCGUGGACGAAAGUUUGCAGGUGCUCUUUCUAAGUUUAUGGAGGAGCAGAAAUUAAAUGACCUGAAGGUUUGGACGAGCCAGCUCAGGCGCACCAUUCAGACAGCCGAGGCUCUUAAUGUGCCAUACGAGCAGUGGAAGGCUCUCAAUGAGAUCGAUGCCGGUGUGUGUGAAGAGAUGACCUACGAACAGGUGAAGGAACGGUUUCCAGAAGAGUUCGCUCUGAGGGAUCAGGACAAAUACUAUUACCGCUACCCUUCUGGAGAAUCCUAUCAGGACUUGGUUCAGCGAGUGGAACCUGUCAUCAUGGAACUGGAACGGCAAGAGAAUGUUCUCGUCAUUUGCCAUCAAGCUGUGAUGCGCUGUCUUCUCGCGUACUUCCUGGACAAAAGUGCAGAUGAGAUGCCAUACCUGAAAUGUCCACUACAUUCAGUACUGAAGCUGACCCCAGUGGCUUAUGGGUGCAAAGUUGAAUCUAUCUCUCUGGAUGUAGAAGCAGUGAACACACACAGAGAAAGGCCAGAAGAAGUGAAAAGAGGCCCGAGCACAUUGAUCAGGAGAAACAGCGUGACCCCUCUCACCAGUCCUGAGCCCAAUAAGAAGCCUCGUAUUGAAAGUCUGGAUGAAGUGUUCAGAGAGCUUUCACCUGUCCCUUUAACCCUCUGUUCGACAUCACACAACACUCUUACCCUGUCAACACAGCACUGGCUUAGUGAAGCUUGUCUACGCACUUUUUUACAUUACCUCCAGGCGGUAUCAGUGCUGUUCUUUCAGAGAACUUGAAGAAGUUUCCCAUAGAGUGCCAUGAAACUCCUCAGCUCUGUCUGUAAAAAGGUUCGGCUCUGUCGCUUGACUCAACACGGAAGCAUUUCCUGCCAAGCUGUUUCCUAUUUUCCCUCCUAGAAAAGUGAGAGUCCAUCUUCAAAAACUGAACACUGAGUGAUACCUGCUUAUUUAUCCUUCAUGAACUUGUAAUGAAUGUACGUGUACUGUGGUCUGUACUAGUAGCUUUUUUUGUGUACGAAGGGACAUCGGAGCAGGGAUUAAGCAUUCAACUUAAUAAUGUUGUCCACUGCCCCCACGUUUUGGGACACUAUUCCCUGUUUACAUAACAGGAUACCACUGGUAGAAACACUUUAUAUUAUAUAAUUUUGGUCUCGAGAAUUUUUUUUUUUUUAACACUGACUCUGUAAGGAUGCCCCUGAACUUUUGAGGACGAUGCUAAAACAGACCAAAGAUCAUUUCGCAAAUACUUGCGAGCUGAUUCACGUCUUUUCUGCACUCAUUUUUAAAACCAUGCUGCAAAUAAAUAGCACAUUAAAAUUGCACAUUUAGAAAAUUUGCAUCUAUUUAUCGUAUUUGAGGGCAAUAAUGAUUCUUACUAUUUUUAAUGCUGCUGGCAGUUUUACAGCCUGUUUAAAAGUUCUCAUGUUGUUGUUGUAAUGCAUUUUGAAUUGAUUUGUGUGAUGGAUAUGGUUGUGAAGUUCGAAUGGCAAGUGUGUUAUUUGUGUAAUCUUGUGUUUUAAUACCCGAUUCAACAUACAAAGUUGUAAAAACAGGGUGUUUUGUGUAUGUUUUUAUGGGACUAAGUGAAACAGUGUUUAUAUUUGUUGGUUUUUCUGUAUGUCUUCAAUGGCGUGUCAGAUAUCACAUUUUUAUACUCUUCUGAUAAUAAUUCCCUAGAGUGCCUAGUGCUUGCGCUAUCAGGCCUAAGCUGCUUUUUUACAUUUCAAUAUGAAGAGAAGAGAAAACAUUUUGGUUUAAAAGAGGAAUUUUUAGUUCAUUUUAGUAUGAUUUCAACUAUUUUCAGUUUUUGUUAGCAUGUCUUGUUUGAGUCUUAUGAAGAGACUGAAGGAGUAUUUAAUAUUGUAAAUACAGAUGCAUUGACCUUUGUAAGCCAAAUGUUUACAGUCAGUCAGUUUGAAACUGACCGUUUUAAAUCUUAAGAGUUUUAAUGCUUAAACAAAUGACACUUUAACCCUGCAGACUAACAUACCAGCUUUAAGAACACAUCUAGAUUAUUCAAUUCAUUACAUGAGUAGGUGCAAUGUUAUAUAUUGGCUCAAUGUAAUUCAUUUGCUUCUGAUACUUGAACCUUAUUUUGUGAUACCUUUUUGUUGAAAUAAUAUUUAUUUAUUUGUACUAGACUGUGUUUUCCUUUGCGUGUCAAGCACUUUCUUCAUUACUGAGAUUACAUGGCAUAUCAACAAGCAUAAUGUAUUUUUCUGAAGAAGGUGAACUGUUUAUUUUGCAUAAUAUACUGGAUCAAUAAACAGCCUAAAGUAGGA